CCAUCAUUUGAAAACAAACAACACAAAGAGGAAGUCUGUAAACUUUGGUGAUAUAAGUUUCAAACGUACACGUGCUGAAGAGCCAUAAAAGCCUCACCGUUACACAACCAGCUCUUUUUAAUGGAAUAACAGCUCCUCCUUGACAGCAGUCUUUGUGUUGCACUGUCACUGCUUUCAUAAGACUGCACAAUCAAAUGAGAAGUUGACUUAUCUACAAUGGUAAAACACACCAUUAGCCGUGUGGUUGCCAUAGUGCUGGCACUGCUUUUCUUCAUCAUCACUAUGGUGGUCACUGCUCUGGCAGGGUUGGGAGUAUAUCCAUUUUUGGCGACCACUGCUAAUAUUUCAGAUGAGUUUGUAACCCAGAUCACACCCUCAGGAUGGACCUUUACCAUUUGGUCGAUCAUUUACAUCUUUCUGGCUUUAGUGCUGGUCUACGUCUUCUCCGGCAUCUUUAGGAAGAAUGCCUAUGGUUAUGUCUACUGCAGCCCUGCUGUUUUGCCACAUGGAUUUUUUGCGGCUUGGUGCUUGAAUCUGGGCCUCAACACUGCAUGGUUGUUCCUGUGGGACAGAAAGUUGAUGCCUGCUGCACUGGCUUUCCUCAUCCUAAUCGCCUUGACCAAUUACGUCAUGAUAUUCUUCUCCUGCCACGGUCUCCACAACUAUGGAGCCUGGCUCAGCAAAUACCACAAAGUAGACCUGUGGCUCCACCGUGUGUUGGUGCAGAAUGGUGUUGCGAUAUAUGCAACAUGGACAACGAUUGCAUCCUUAAUUAACCUGACCAUUGUGCUUACUAAUGAUGCAAACAUGUCCCAGACAGACGCUGCCACCGUCUCACUCUCUAUUUUGACUGUGGUCUUGUUUGUGUGGUUUUUCCUGGAAAACUCUGUCCUCGACAAACACGCGAGGUACAUACUCUCUAUUUACCCCGUUGUGAUCUGGGCACUGGCGGGGGUAUUCACAAAAAACAAUGACGCUGCAGUUCCUACUCACAAUAACAUCUUCAUUGCUGCACUGUUGGCUGUAGCCUGUGUCUUGUUUGUCGGACGGGUACUUUUGGUCAUCCGGAGGCACAUCAAAAAGCCAUUUUACGAAGACGUCAGCCCAGAGGUGAUGUCUCCGAUGGAGAUCGCUAAUAAUCAGAAAACAAUAUUUAAGUGAGAAUGUUGAAUAAAUAUUUUUAUGAUAAACCUUUCUGUAUCGAUGCAGUAUUGAUACUGUAUGGGAUGUAUUUAUAAGUGCUUUGUAUAUGUAAUUGAUGGCUUUUGCCUUGGAGACACUAUAAAUGUGAUAUAAAAUGAUAUGAUGCUGAACUCCAAUUGAAGUUGUCAGUUGAUGUACUUAGCUGUGAAUGGAUUUGUUUUGUACAAUGUA